UGUAGCCUCAAUCAAGAAGAUUUUUUUCAGCGGGUUCCUUGGGGAGAAAUUCUCUGUAGUCAUCUGGACCUUCUUUGAAAAUAAGUACUGGCAAACCAAGAACAACACAAGAAUGAAAUAGUUACAAUCGAUCGGCCUGUGCAGAUUAUCCCAGCCUCAGGGCAGUCGGCUACACCAACUACCAUUAAAGUUAUCCACGGUGAUACAAAGGCAGCCAAAGUGCAGAGAGCUCCACGGAUUUCAGGAGACGAUAGAAGCCCCUCCAGGAACAGCACAGGAAACCAUGGCCAGUUGCUGCUAUGGCAGUUUUUGCUAGAGCUUCUUACUGACAAGGAUGAUGGGGACUGCAUUUCCUGGGUUGGUGAUGAAGGCAAGUUUAAGCUGAAUCAGCCCAAACUGGUUACACAAAAAUGGGGACAGUGUAAAAAUAAACCUACUAUGAACUACGAGAAACUCAGCCGUGCAUUAAGGUAUUAUUAUGACGGGGAGGUGAUUUGUAAAGUUCAAGGCAAGUGGUUUGUAUACAAGCUUGUUUGUGACUUGAAGACUCUUACCGGAUACGGUGUGGCAGAGUUGAACCGUUGGGUCACAGAGUGCGAACAGAAGAAACUUGCCAAGAUGCAGCUUCAUGGAAGUGCCCAGCCAGUCACGGCAGUAGCCCUGGCCACUGCUUCUCUGCAAACAGAAAAGGAUAGUUGAGUCCCAGGACCUUCUGGGAGGCUGAGGGCUUUCUGAAAUAUUUAGAGCAAGUAUUGCUCUUACCUUUAUUACUGAAUUUGAAUCUUUUAUUUCUAGACUCUAAAAUCUGAUUCAUGAUUUUUUUUAAAUAAAUAUUUCAUGCUCUUGUAAAUUUGGAUCUUUUUACUUUGAACGUCCAUUUUAGACAAUGUGUAUGUUAAGGGAUCACCACAAUGUUUUCAGUGUGAAGGCAACGUGCGUUGCGGGGUAGUUGGUUAA